AUCUCGCAAGAUUGUGCGUGACAACAGUGCCAGGUGCGAGGAAAGGCAACAAAAAGUGGUAUCACGCGAGGUUAAAAUGAAGCGAAAAGAAAAAACAUCUUCAACGAAAAUCCGAUCAGAGCGCAGUCGUGCCACUCGCCGAUCGCAGUGUCCAGAGAGCCCUAAAAGGGAAAGAGUCUCACUGUUGCUUCCUGGCAGCUCAAGGAGGAGCGAAGACUAAAUUAGGCAUGGUUUCAUUGACUUCCAAUUCCCAGAGUCCCAGCAUCCCCGCAGCCCUGAGGAGGAGAGGCCGGGCGGUGAUCAUGGCCUCUGAAGCGUUGCCUGCAGCCGUAGACAAGUGCUGAGUGCUGCUGAGUGGCCCCGCACGCGUGUGCGCGCUCCGGAGACCUCCAGAGGCCUGCCUCGACAUUCUUGUGAUACUUCCAGAGACGCAGUCUUUCAGGGAGAAAUAGAGGGAGUCCCUGACUGAGGACCAACUAAAGGUGAGGAAGUGCCUUUGCUGAUGUGUGCCGCAGCUUUGACCUGCUUCUACCGCUGAAGCUCUAUCUUCUCCCCGCCCCUCCUGCCUCGCUCGCUUGCUGCCAUAGCGCAAGGAAAGUUGGCCGCGCCCUCCUCUGACUGCUCUCCGACCUGUUCGUCCAUCCGUCAUCAUCACCAUCCACCCCUCUCAGUGGGCUGCAGCCUCCGCUAAUCCUCAUCCAACAGCCCAGCAGCCCAAUCCACCGCAAGGCCCACAGAGAGCAUCGCACACUUUGCCUUUACUUAGCUUCGCCUUGGACCAUCUAAGCCGCCACACAGUCCUCAGUGUUCUUAAUUCCCACACCACUCCCCCACAAAGCAGACUACACCCAGACUAUCACCUUUGUUGCCUGCUUCACCGCAUCUUAAUCAGAGGGCUUUCUCUCCUAUGCCACUUUGACUUGUGAAUGUCCUAGAAAAGAAGUGUCAGCGAGCAAUAAGAGUGAACAUUCAGGCAGGCUCCCUCCUGGAUAAAAAUCACCUUACUUGAUCGGGAAGAUGGCGCAAUAACAGUCGCAGCCUUAAUUCGUCCUGCACCAUUUCACCCUGGACUCUUCUCUGUCAAUUUAAACAUUUUUUUCAUGUGUCAUCGCAACCUCGCAGGCGAUAUCAGCAUAAACCCACAAACGUAAAGAAAAGUCGUGGAUUAAAGCCAAAGCGGUACUUUUAUCACCAUUCAAACCGAUCCCAGCUCAGAGUUGUAUUUUGUCCCAGCGCAUUGCCAUGGCGAUGAACAUAGCACAGAUCCGUGACACAAAGUGGCUGACGCUAGAGGUAUGCAGGGAGUUCCAGAGGGGCACAUGCUCCCGCUCGGACCAAGAGUGCAAGUUCGCUCACCCGGCUAAGAGCUGCCAGGUCGAAAACGGACGGGUCAUCGCUUGCUUCGAUUCACUCAAGGGCCGCUGUUCCAGGGAGAACUGCAAGUACCUGCACCCUCCUCCGCACCUAAAGAACCAGCUGGAAAUCAACGGCAGGAACAACCUGAUCCAGCAGAAGAACAUGGUCAUGCUGGCUCAGCAGAUGCAACUCGCCAAUGCCAUGAUGCCCGCUACACAGCUACCACCUAUGCCCAUGUUCUCGGUGACACCCGGCCUGGCCACCAACGCCAGCGCUGCGGCUGCAGCUGCAGCCGCAGCUUUUAAUCCCUACCUGAGCCCCGUGUCGCCAGGCCUGAUGCCCCCAGAGAUCCUGCCCAAUGCCCCAGUCCUCAUGGCUUCCAGCCCUGCCGUCAGCCAAGUCCCCAACGCUGCUGCCGCAGCCCAGAAACUGCUGAGAACAGACAGACUCGAGGUGUGUCGCGAGUACCAGAGAGGGAACUGCUCCCGGGGAGAGGAAGACUGUCGCUUUGCCCACCCCGCAGACAGCACCAUGAUCGACACAAACGACAACACCGUCACCGUGUGUAUGGACUACAUCAAGGGCCGUUGCUCCCGCGAGAAGUGCAAGUACUUCCACCCGCCGGCGCACCUGCAGGCUAAAAUUAAGGCCACCCAACACCAGGUGAACCAGGCCUCAGCCGCCGCUGCCAUGACUCAGUCGGCUGUCAAAUCACUGAAGCGACCCCUCGACGCAACCUUUGACCUGGGUAUCGCCCCCAGUGUCAUGGCUCCCCUGCCAAAGCGGGCAGCCCUGGAGAAGGCCAACGGGGCCUCUGCUGUGUUUAACACCAGCAUGCUCCAGUACCAACAGGCCCUGGCCAGCAUGCAGUUUCAGCAGCAGGCUGCUUUCCUCCCAUCAGGCUCAAUAUUGUGCAUGACCCCUGCAGCCGGCGUUGUUCCAAUGAUGCACGGUGGUACCCCAGUCACUGUGUCUGCAGCCACCACAUCUGCCACAAGCGUUCCCUUCGCAACUGCCUCCACCAAUCAGGACUCUUCCUUAUCAAAGUUGACUACCAACGAAUACAUGCAAUUGAUUCCAAUAAUAUCUGCAGAUCAUCUGAGUAGUCACAAGUACUUGACUCAAAUGUAGUUCCUCCUAAGAACAAUCAAAUGAAUGUGUGCUGGCACCGUCCGAGCCAAAACAGUUCAGCCUUUCUUUACAUACAACUUCAGAAUGUCAAACAACGGGACUGAGGAGGGUCCGCCAUCUGUCAAAACAUCAGGGGUGCGACCCAUGCCAUCUUCCCCGAGAGAGGAGGGGACGUCUUGGUGCCUGGGGAUGUGGCGGGGUGUGGGGAGGGUGGGGGGACAGCGGGUGUCAUCACACUGCUGUACAUCUAAAUCACAGCACUCGAUUGGUUGUAAUUCACUUCACUGGACGUAGAGAAGGUCAAAGAAUGGUGUUGCGUGAGUCAAAAUACACCUCUGGUACGUCAGGUGACCAAGAUUUCUUUUAUUCUUUUUCUUUUUUUUUUUCUCUUCAUUAAGCAGCCAUAUUUCAUCGUUUACAAAAAAAGACAUGCACCUUGAAUUUGAAUCGAAACGAGAACGGCACAGCCAUUUUGAAACAGGAAUCUGCUAAGGCGAUUGAGCGCGUGCAGUAUUGUGUGUGUGUACGGCUACUAGUCAAACUAGACAGGGAUGGAUGAAUAAGUGAGGGUCGUGGACAUAUGAAUGUCGUGGUGGGGGAACCAACAUACCUGUGUACCUUGAAAGCACAGCCAGGCUUGCUCUUCUCACCUUGUCAUGUGCCAUGGAGGCCAUACAGCUCAAACCAGAGUGUUGUCUCAGCAGUGUUAUUUGUUUACCGUGGGUAAAAUUGAAAAUAAGAAAUGUAUGGCUCUUAAGAUUGUUUGUUUUUUUUUUUUUAUGUUGAUCAUUUUAGAAGUGGAUUUUGUGCUCAUUUUUUGUGUUUUGUGACUUUUAAAUUGGGGGCCGGGGAGUGUACGGUAGUUCGUCUUUUCAUUGGCUACAGUGCUGUUAAUGUUUGGGGUUGUUCUUUUUUCACGUCAGGAUUAAGAUGUCACUCAAGUCUCAAGUCCGUCGACUCUAAAACCUGUUGAUUUCGGAGGCUUGUUGUUACCUUGUCCUCUUUUUGAAGCGUGCCGACUGUUGGAUGCACCGUUGAGCUGUGUGCUCAUGGCAGUGAAAGACAAGUGUUAGGUCAUUGUGAGCAAGGGGGGGUGGGGGGUGUACACUUCAUUGUUUGUCAGGAAAAUGUUCGAUGUGAAAUGAGUGAAGCUUAAGGCAGCGGUUCCCAACCUUUUAUAUUAAGUUAUUGCAACCCAUACAAAAUCGUAAGAGUGUUAGGGCUACAUUGGAAAGAAAGAAACAUAAUAAAAGGAUAAAUUAGCAAAUAAAAAUUGAGCGAAAUUUGACCAAAUUAAAAUAUUCUCAAAGUAUUCUGACUUUCCUGAUGUUGCAGUUCUCAAAAUUUAAUUUUUUCCACAUUACAGCUAUUUCCCCACAUACAUUUUUUUCUUUUUCUUGAUUCAUUGUACUCUUUAGUCCCAAAACAGUGUGACCGUUACCUGAUAAAACUGACCUUUUUUUUGUACUCACAGCGGUAUUCCUAUAAUUCGACGAUUUGAUUCUGACGACCUUAAAACUUUUUCCUCAAUAUUAAACUACUCCCCGCAAGAAUAGACUACUCUGAUUAUAUUUCUGCUAUAAAACGUUUUUUUUUUUUCCCAUGACUUUAUCCUUGUAAUGUAAUCCUGGUUUUACUCUUAAGAUUAACACUUUUUGCCCCAUGUUACAUCUAUUCCCGCAAAAAUACUCUUCUCCUUUUAAUCCUAAAAAAAAGUAUUAUUGGAUUAUUUACCUUUGCUUCAGAAUGUCUUUUAUACAGAUACCAUUACUGCUUUAUCUUGUAGUACUGUAUUGUUACUUUGUUGUCGUUGUAAUGUUGACUUGUUACAAUGGCCUUGUAGUAGUCAAUCAUAAUGCUUGAUCUCACAAUACCUUUAGCACACAAUUAGUCAUAAUUACAGUAAAUAUUUGAAAAUACGAAUGCCCGUGAAUAGUUAACUUUAAAAUGAAAGCCCGCCACAAACUGAGUGUGCCUUCGUUUCCUGUACGACGAUGUAAAGUAGUUCAUUGUGAGUCAUUUGUAACCAAAAAAUGUACUAUGACAAACGUAUGAACCACCCCACCCACCCUUGUAUUUUUUUUUUGUUUUCACUGUGGCCCUAAUAGCCCAUGCAAAAGUAACAUGAGUACGAUAAAUUCUACACAAUUCAUUGGAGGAGGAAUAGAAAUUUGCUAAAUUUUAGAGCAAUGUUUCUCAACCUUGUAGCCAGGAAACAUAGUUUACAUUGAAAAAACAUUACAAAAGCUGUAUAUUUUUGUUAUAUCAUCUCAAAUUUACUCGCAAAUGACUUAGUCAAUGUGAAAUCUCAGCCUAGUUUGGUUGAACACAAAACGAUCGCUUUGCUUUAUGAAUGGCAACAAUUGGACAUACAGGUUAAUUGCACCUCCCGCCAUCUUGUGGAAGACCUCUGAACUGUUCUCCCUGUCACUGGCAUAGAUACGCAAACAAAGAUACUUUAUUCUACUAAAUAAAAUGGAACUUCAAUUUUCGUGGUUAAUCCGUGACAAAAAAAAGUCUGACUAAAACUGAAUCGAACGACAUCCGAAGACAUAUUUAGCGUAAGAAAUAAUAAUCCAAUUCAUCUGUUCAGACAGCGAACAGUUUUAACAUGACUGUUUGAUUUUUUAAAGAGUAACCAUAGUUUCAUAGACACAAACUAUCCAUCCAUCCAUUUUCUUAACCGCUUGUCCUCACAAGGGUCGCAGGGAGUGCUGGAGCCUAUCCCAGCUGUCAAUGGGCAGGGGGGCGGGGUACACCCUGAACUGGUUGCCAGCCAAUCGCAGGGCACAUAGAGACAAACAGCCACACUCACAAUCACACCUAGGGGCAAUUUAGAGUGUCCAAUUAGUGUUGCAUGUUUUUGGGAUGUUGGAGGAAACCGGAGUGCCCAGAGAAAAACCCCACGCAGGCACGGGGAGAACAUGCAAACUCCACACAGGCGGAACCGGGAUCGAACCUGGGUACAUUUAAGAUCAUUUUUAGCUUUUCUGAAGACUAAAUGGCUUGAGGAGGGGACAAAAGGGGAACCAUUUUUGUACUUUGCUUCAAGUUUUUGCUUGAAUUCUAUCGUACUUCUCACCUUGUUCGUACUCCGUAGAAAAGGGUCCAACGGACAGCACGGUGUAUUCGACAACGCAAGCUUUUAUUAACAACUCAAGACAGUAUUAAAAUUGAUGUAAUUCAUAAGUUCCGAACCAAUUAGGCUAACGUUUCUGUGGCAGGACUGACGAUCGCUCACAGGGGUUGGGAAUCACUGUUCUAAUCUAGAAGUUCAAAAUCCCCCUUGUAAUGUUGUUGGGAACCCCUGCUUUGAUUUUAAGACUAUUCAAGGUUGGACUUGAUUCAAGUCACAGAAACCAAAAGUCGUUUUGGCAUCUCUCUCUCUUUCGCCGUUUUGUUGUUCAUCUGACUGUUUUGUCGCCACAGAGGUGUGAGUGCGCGUCUUUAGCGAUUGUAUCGUACCUAACAGCCUUAGAUGACCAUGAAUGGGUCGCGGCCCAAACUCGUCAAUCACCAUGCAGGUAAAAAGCACCAAUGAUGUUUUAUAGUUAUCUCACACGCCGCUUACAAUACGUUUGUUGUUUUUUCUCUUAAUCUCGGUAACAUUUCUCUUAAAAAUCCAUUUAAGAGCUUUUAAUAUGUAUUACUUAAGGAUUUGAAUCUAUUUGAGAUCCAUAGUUGUAGAUGUUUCCUUUUUUUUUGGCCUUACUAUAUUACUAUAUUACUUGAGAGCAUCGAUAUAGCCGUUGUAGAUUUUAAGGUUGUAUGACAUUAACUUUUUGUUGUUUUCAAACCAUAUAAAUGAUAACGUUUUUAACUACUCACGUCAUUCAUAUAGCUGGAUGUCUUUUUUUUUCAGUUGGUGUUACAUUUUUUUUGUAGUUGUUUUGAUACGAGGAACACGUGGAAUUAGUUUUGCUGUGACCGCAGCGCCAAACAUUUUACUUGUCCACGUGUCAAGAUCAUAUUUGAAAAUAUAUUGUCAAACUAUAGGUUGUCCACGUUGUAGGGUAAACAUUGUUUUCUACUGUAUCCAUUUCAAAACAAAAAAAAAAAAAGUCGUUUGGUUGGAAAUAUUUCUUAAGUUUGCCCUGAAUGUCAGGCCAAAAUGAGCAGUUGAGAUUUUGGGGUGUUUGGAUAUUAUUAUUACUGUUUGUUGAGGUUUUUUUUUUCAUUUCAGUUUUUGUUUUCGGGGUGGGGGUGGGUGGGUGUGGGGGGGGUGAUAGGUGAGAAUCGGAGAGAAGACUUUCCCCCCGCUGGUGAAGUCAGAAAUGCUGCAGAUGAUGAGUUCUAACCUAAGGGACGAAGGUUGUGACUUUUUGCACUUCUGUAUAUAGUCAAAUAAACAGAGAAAAAUGUGUAUCAUAUUGAGAUAUUAUUUUGAAUAAAAAAAGAUCUAUAAUUAUAAGGAAUUUUGUUAGAUUAAUUUAAAUUCAUAAAUUAGACCAGCUAAAAUUGCUUGCAAAGAAGGGCACUAGUUUCUUGGCCAACGCAUUCGGAGAAAGCUGCGCGCUUUUGUUUUUUUUGUUUUUUGUCUUCUUUUUAUCAACGGCUAGUUUUGCCUGGGAAUGUUUUUUGGGGAAUAAUUGUCCCCCUGUCCUGCUUAAUCCAGCCCUUCAAAUGAUCACUUUUUUUUCAUUUGUUGGCCACUUUACUGCUCCCACGGUUCAGUUGAUUUAAAAAAAAAAAAAAAAACACCAGAAAAAAGUAUUCCAUUAUGAUUUGACUGCAUGUGAAAACCAUGUAAACGAAAAUAUAGCUACAGUAUGUAAGGGAAGACUUCAACAAUAAUCCGUACAGUCGAUAACAUCCGCAGUGGGGGAGAAAUAACACUUUUCCAAAAGUCAUUUUUACGCUUGAGCGAUGAAAUAGUUUCCGAGCAAAUAUGUUAUCUGAAGAAGAAUGAAAAUGUGGGCGCUCAUCCAACCCAAAUACAGUGGUGCCUUGAGAUACGGAUACCCGGCUUGUUUGUUUUGCUUUGACUUGUGAGCUGAAAUUUAAAAUAAGAGCACUGGCAGUGGUGAACUUGAUUAUCAGGAAUUUGGCAAAAAAAAAAAAAAAAAAAGGUAUAAAGCUGUUUAAUUCCACUCAUAGUUCAAGUUUACUAUCAAAAUAGACAUGAAGGAAUUCCAUGUUGUGUUUGUCAAACGUCUGCCAGUUUAAUACUAAUACACGUUGCAAAACAUGAAACCAGCACAAACGGUGCAUCAACACACGGACAAUUCGCAAUACUCUGGCAUAUAUUCUUCAUCCGUCUUCGUGACAGUAUUAUACUGCCCCCUGUGGCCACAGAAGUCAGUGAAUUAUUCGCCAUGCACUGUUUAAUAUUUUACAUCACAGGUGUCAAACUCAUGGCCGGGGGGGCCAGAUCUGGCCCGUCACAUGAUUUUGUGUGGCCCACGAAGCCAAAUCUAGACUGUCAAUUUCCGUAAUUCUCGUAAAAAUCUGUACCAAUUUUUUUUCAUUGUCAUAUGUCAUAAAUGAUAAAGUUGAGAUAUUACAAGCAUUUCUGUGUUACCAAACAUGAAUGGUUGAAAAACGCAUUACCCUUGAUUUCUGAUUCCAAAACUAGUUCGUAAAUUGAUGGUGUAAAUAUGAUGAGAUGAUUAAAUAUUUUUGUUCCAGUCAUCACUGCCCUCUGAGGGAAAACGGAACAACAAUGUGGCCCGUGAGAAAAAUGAGUUUGACACCCCUGCUUUACAUGCAAUUGAAUUUUGUUGUGUGGAAUGCAAGAUGAUACAGUAUGAAUUUCCUUAAUAAACUUUAGUUUUUUUCUGGGAGGAGGUGGGUGGAAUUUUUAAUUUUUUUUAUACAUUAAUUGUUGAAAGAUGAUUUGAGAUGUUUUGAGCUACGAGCAUGGUCACGGAAUGAAUUCAACGUAGAUUUCAAGGCACCACUGUACUUUUCCAGAGCCAUAUCUAUACAGUAUACACAGUAUAUUCCCAGUCAAGUCCCGGCAAAAGAUGUGUCGCUCCGCUCUCCAGACCCGUGCGCUCAGCAGGCGAAGGCCGGCCGGCCACACCAAAUGCACAUUUGGGCAAAUUCAAGUCUUUGAAAUGAAUGUAAAGCGGCUGCUUGUAUUGUUGCUAUAGAACCAAAGCACCAGUUUCUCCAAAACCGGACGUUCAGUCCGUCUCUUCCCUGCUGGGGGCACGCACACACAUACACCCACAUACGCGACAAUGCUUUUUGCCCGCUUUUUACCUGUAAGUGCAACUACCACUUAUGUAUUCGCUAACAGUUGCCACACAAUGAUGUCUGAUUUGUUUAUGCACACUUGAUUGUUGCCAUAAUUGACCCUUAUCUGUAUGGAUGAAAAACAAAAUAAAAGCUAUUUGAUUUUG